UAGGAAUCGAGUAUAUUAUCGCGUUUGCGUUGGCAAUCUGUAUUCCCGACGUGGCUUUCCCACUCAUUUUCCCUCUCGGGAAAAUAAAUUCCAAACCCUUGCUCUUCUCUUUUCCAACCGAUUCCCAAUUUCUCAUUUCUCGGGUGUGAGGACUUCACGGGCAUGGACAUCUCUCUCAUCGCUGACACGGUUAAUGUGGCCACCGCGCAAGGCCUAGGCUUCGCCAAAUCCAUUCUUCGUCGUCAUUGCGUCGCCUCCCACAACAACAACCUCUCAAUCUCUGCCGUGCUUUUCGCGGUCGGCGCUCUAGCUCCUCCGACGGUCAGAUCCAAUUACUCUCGAACUGGUGCCCGGACGUUCCUCCGAAAAAAACGCCGCACGAGAAGGAGAUCCUUCGGCGGCGAGGACUCCGAGGACGGUGAAGACGACGGUUUUUUUGGCGACGGUGGAGAUGGUCCAUUCGGCGGAGGCAGUGGUGGCGGUGGCAGAGGGUGGAAUUUUGACGGAUUCGGAGGACUUAAUUGGGAUGGAUCGCCGUCACCGCCCUCUGACCCCGCUUUCGAUUUCGUUUACGAGGUCAUCUGCUGGAUUGCGCUCUCGAAUUGCGUGCACUUCGCGUUCAAGAGGAUCGUUCGGAUUCUGGCGGAUGGGAUUGGAGAUGCUGAGAGAGAGAAGGUGCCGAUGAGGUUGACAUCGGUUUGCUAAUACGGUACCGUUAUCUACUCAAUGCUCGGCAUACAAAUGAGGGAUUAUUCGGAAGUAAUUUCUGAAUUUGACUUUGGGGGAGGGGUGGCUUCUGAACUUUCUGAUAAGAUUUGUAUAUAUUGUAUAUAUUGCACAUAAUCUCAUUGACCUAUAAAUUGGUUAAUAAAAAUUGAUAUGAUUUAUUGGUAUGAUUGAUUUCGAGAACUUCAAUUUGCUGAUUGAUCAUUCACCCUGUUGUGUGUCACAUUCAAGUGGUAAAGGAGUUGGUCGCGGUGAUAUGCUUCUCCAGGUCCAAGAUUCAAAUUUUCUUAAAUGCAAAUAAUUUAUAGGCGCUGUCAGAGUAGGGAAACUUCCCUUGAAUUACCUAAGAUGCUGCAGGAUACUCCUUAUCAAGGGUCUGUCCACCUCCGGGAUUAAUCGGAACUUUUUGUUCUUGGACACCCGGUGCUGAUAAAGUGUUUCACGAACUGACUUUUUUUUCCUUUCUCUUAGCCAAGUAUUUGUAACGAAUUGGAGGUCUAGUUAACCCGGGAACAUUGAACUUUGUGGCAAUUUGCAUGUCUGAAUAGUAAAUUACUUACUGCACAAUGCGCUUUUGUAAGGGGAAAACUGAUUUUUAGAGCUUUGUGGUAAUCCAUAGAUCAAGAGAUUGAAAUA